CAUAUUUGUCAUUUUCUUUUCUUUCUUUAUCUAUCUCUUUUCCUUUAAAAUAUUUAUGCUACAAAGGGUAUCGAAUAAUCUUUUUUUUUUAACCUUAAAUAGCAUCCCAGAAAGAGCCUAGGCCAUUCUCAUUCCCCUACUUGUCACAAGAGAAAAAUGGGUAGGAGCUCAACCUGUGUGUCUCUUACUGCAAUUCAGAUUAUUCUUCUUGCUUCUAUACCCUUCACACUAUCCCAACCCUCUUUCCUGGGGAAGGAUGGGAGUGGCGAUUUGGUAGACCAAAUAUGCCAAAAGACACCCUUUUAUGACCUUUGCAGCUCAAUCCUACAUUCAAACCCUCUAAGCCCAAAAACUGAUCUUAAAGGGGUGGCUCUCUUAAUGGUCAACAACAUUGUGGCAAAUGCAACUGACACACUGAGUUACAUUGAGGGGUUGAUCAAGCAAACCUCAGAUCGUGAGUUGGAACAAGCCUUGGCUUUCUGUGCCGAGUCAUAUAUCCCAGUUGUCAAAUACAUUCUCCCACAAGCAGCUGAUGCCAUAAGCCAAAGCCGUUUUGGCUUUGCCAGUUACUGCAUAUCUGAUGCUGUCAAAGAAGUGAGUAGUUGUGACAAAAAAUUCAAUGGCUCAAAUCAUUCACCAUUAGGGGACAGAAACGACAUUGUGCAGAAGCUAGUGGAUGUGGCUUCUGCUAUAAUCAAACUACUACUUAAGGGGUGA